AUGGUUAGUACACAUUGUGUUAUUCAUCGGCAAACGUUUGCUUCCAAAACAUUGCCACAGAAAUUGCGCCACACUUUGGACUCGGCUAGAAGGAUUAUAAACUACAUCAAGAGCAGCGCUUUGAACAGUCGAUUAUUUACUUUACUUUGCGAAGAUUUCGAUUCUGAUCACAAAGUUCUUCUGUUCCAUACAGAAGUACUUCUCUUUCUUGAGUUCGAAGAAAAACACGAUUUCUUGACAAUGUUCAAAUAUGAAUUUGGCUUAUUUAACUGACAUAUUUGACUCCUUGAAUGAGCUAAACUUGAAACUUCAGGGCAGAAACAAUACGAUAAUAAGCAAUUAUGAUUAUAUUCAGGGAUUCAUAUCACAGCUUCAACUUUGGAAUCAAAAAGUGUAUUCUGAAAAUCUUUUUCUCGAAGCAAUUAAAAAUAACAUGCUGGACGCAAGUUUACAUAAAAACUCAUUUAAAAGCGCUGGAAGACGAAUUUCGCUGAUACUAUCGAGACAUCGAUUCAGAGUUACUAAUAUGGCAGAUGAAAAGAAAUUCAUCUGUUGUCGACGUGUCACAAUUACCAGAAGUAGUUCAGGAAAAAUUUCUAGAAAUGAAGGCUGAUUCCUCCAUGAAAGAUGACUUCCAUCUUUUAACAUUGGAGAAAUUUUGUAUCAAAAUAUUGCCUGUUAAUUCGACACUUGCCUCUCUUGCUUUACGAAUAUUAGCUCCUUUUUCUUCAACU